AUGAGUCAUCAUCGAUUUGCUCCUAAUGAAAUACUACCUGUUCGUCAUGCAUUAUUAAGUUGGUAUGAUGUAAAUAAACGAAAAUUACCAUGGCGUGAUUGGUUUGAUGCUGAUCAAAAUGUAGCAGCAUAUCGAGUGCUGGUGUCAGAACUCAUGUUACAGCAAACCACUGUUACUACAGUUUUACGUUAUUAUGAUAAUUGGAUGAAAUUAUGGCCGACAAUUGAGAGUUUAGCUAAUGCAGUGGAAGAGAUAGUUAACGAUAUGAAUGGAAUAUUUCCUGCAGAUGUUAAUGAAAUGAUUAAGCUUUUACCGCCUAAUCCUGUUUUGGAUGGUAAUGUUAUGCGUGUUUUAUGUCGUUUACGUGCUGUUGGUGGAGAUCUAAAGAAAAAAUCAACAACAGAUUUAUUAUGGUCUUUAGCAACCGAUCUGGUAUGUACACAAAGACCGGGUGAUUUGAAUCAGAGUUUGAUAGAAUUAGGUGCGACUGUGUGUACACCAUCGAAUCCAAAAUGUGAUAGUUGUCCAGUGCAAAACUUUUGUUGUGCUUAUAAACAGGACGAUAGUAAUGAUAGCCGUAAGGAUGAUUGUAAGGAUAUUGAAGAAUGUGAUUUAUGUUUGAAAUCGAGCUACUAUGUAGUGUCACGUGGAGUGAAAAAUUAUCCUCGAAAAACAUCAAAACCGAAACAACGAAAUGAAACAUCAUAUAUGGUAAUAUUGUAUACAAUAAAAAAUGAUAAAUUAUAUUAUUUCAUGUUAAAACAAAAACAAACACGUUUACUAUCUGGUUUAUGGACGUUCUUGGAGAUUGAUGGUUGCGAUGGAGCGAAUUCAAAAAAAAGUAAAAUUGAUGUUUUAGAAAAAACACGAAUAGUUCUAGCUACAACGAUGGAUUUAAAUAUGAAUGGUACUAUUACAGAUAUAAAAUUAGCUGGUCAGUGUCGACAUCUAUUCUCACAUAUAGAUAAGAAAUAUGUAGUUUAUCAUGGUCGAUAUGACGAUAAUAUGAAUUUUAUUGAACAAACAACAACAGCGAAUAGUCGAUGGUUUGACGAAGAACAGCUUCGAACGGAAGCUAUUUCAACGGCAAUGAAAAAAGUUUUUAAUGUGGCUGUGAAUGAAAUGAAUCUAAAAACUGAUAAGAAAAAUGUAAGUUAUAUUAUUAUCAUGGAAAAAUAG